AGUGGUAAAAAUCGAUAGUAUCCCAGUUUAAAGCUUUCGUCGCGGUGCACGCUUGUUGAAUAGAUUUGGGAUAAAAGGGAAACCUGCGCUUUGGGGAAUUGACUGGUUGAUCCGAUAAUUUACCAGACGAUGCAAUGAAUCCCGUACCGAGCCGCGAAUUCCUGGAGGUCCAUCCGCUGCACCAGCAUCAACCGCACUGCAAACAGCAAUGUUUUGUGUUCACGGAGAUAGCGGACAUCGAAUUGCCCGCGGAGAUAACCAAGUUUGGUGGUGGAAAUGAGAAGAUAAGGUGCUCUAAUGGUGGCAUUCCCACCUACAGUUCCAAGAAGGACUCCUGCAGCGAGUCCUCGGGCGAACGACCGGAGAGAUCCCGAGGACGAAAGAUUCUACUAGGAGUGGGUCUGGUGCUCGUUUGCAUCGCCAUGGCUGGUGGUAUUCCGCUGGCUCUUCAACUACGCUCCUCGUCGCUCUUGGAGGCUCGCCUGGCCUUCAUCCGUCGCCUGCUGACGGAGUCACCUUUAAUCGAGGGCUCCUGGAAGCCACCUAGCACCAUGAGUCUGAACAGCAGCAAUCUGUUCGAGGUGCGACAAAAUCAUAUCGGUGCUGUCCUUUGGCCCAUUGCGGUACCAUGUGGAGCUCAGUAUCUGGACGCAGUGCAGCUGACCCUGGAGGGGAUUGACAAAGCUAAGCGCGUUACUGCCGCCACGGAUUCUAUGCACAUUGUGGAGUCAGCGGAUGAGAUGGAGCAGACUCAUCUGCGUGGCGAGGUUGCUGUUCUCAUGGGGAUUAGUGGUGGCCAUGCUCUCGGCACCAGCACGGCUGUAUUGCGCUCCAUUUACUUAUUGGGAGCUCGAUUUGUUUCCAUUACGAGUCUGGAAUGCACCACUCCUUGGGCGGCUGCCGCUAUCCGAAGACCCGACUAUCUUGUCGAGGAGAAUGUGACGAAUUCAUUCAACCAAUUCGGACAGACAAUGCUUUUCGAGAUGAAUCGUUUGGGAAUGCUGGUGGAGAUUUCGAUGCUCAGCGAGGCUGCCAUGUUGGCAGUCUUAAAAACCGCCAAGGCACCGGUUUUACUCACAAAUGCCACACCACUUUCCAUGUGCAAUAGCAGCAGCACAGCUUCCAUUCCCGAUCAUGUUCUUAGCCUGUUGCCGGAAAACGGUGGAGUUAUUUUACUUAACCUGGAACGCUGUGGUGAUCGUACACUGGGUGUCCGAGAGGCCAUCACUGCCAUUAACUAUGUACGCAAAGUGGCCGGUGUGGAUCACAUUGGACUGGGAGGAGCACCGAAAAGCUAUGCCCUUCUGCUUGCAGAAUUGGCACGGGAUAGGGUGUGGGGAAAUGCAGCCAUUAAGAAACUGGUUGGAGGCAAUGUGAUGAGGAUUCUGCGGGAGAUUGAGACCCUAAAGAACCGAUUGCCUCUGUACGAGGAGUGGAUUCCGCACGAAUCUAUUGAAAGCAAUUCCUAUUGCCGCUAUCCGGAGUCUUAAAAUCAACUACUUUAAUUGGCUCAAGCGUUUGUUCUAAAACAUAACUAAAGUAUUUAAUUAAAUUAUUAAAGUACAAUCGACUUUAUAAAAUUUGAACUACAUAUAUGAAAAUAGGUAAAUACAUAUCGGUGUACGAUGAUA